AUAUAAGAGACCGCACCCUCAUUUUCGGGACACACUCGCCACCGAACACUGAAGCCAGCGGAAGCUCUGCCCGUUUGACUAGCCAAAAUAAUUAAUCAUUUUAACUCUGAUAGUUGAUUUAGUUAAUGUUGUAUUUUUAAAUCAUUUUAGUGUUAAUUACAUUUAUUCAAUUCUGUUAGUUUUCUUAUUAAUUCAAAAGGUACUGUAGUAGUGUAUAAGAGAUUGUUUUUUUAAUUUUCCCGGCUUCUGAUCCUUAAGAUCAGAAGUGGCAUAGUGAAACUCCCACGUCCUUGUUUGUACAUCCUGAUACGAUGUGUUUCCAUUGUUAUUUCUUUAAUUGGCUAGUCAUACGAUCAGAAAUAUAUUUUUUGGAAAUUGUAACUACCCUUAUUUAAAAGUACAAAUUAUCACUUUGUUUUCGGUGUUUCGUAUAAUAUACGUAAGUAAGACGUGAUGUGACGGUGUGAUCAAGUUUUAUGAUGUCAACUUUGGAAACUGUGGAAAAAGGAGCGUAUUCAGUUUUAUUUCGCGGUGGCUGACAUUGACAGCGAAGUUGACAAAUUUUCGUUUUUAAUAUUUGAUGGCAAUUUUAAAACGGGUCAAAAUAAUUAGUUUGUUGCUGCGUUUGUUUAAUUUGUAAAUUUGAUGCGGAAAGCAGUAAAAUCGGACUUUCGCCACAAUUAAUAAUAAUUAAGAAAGUGGGUAGAUUUCGAUGGUUAAGUGGCCAGUCCUGUGUUAUGCCCUCAAAGUCGAUAAAUCUUGUUGAUAAUGAAAAAUGAAGGGUGUCGAUAGCUUUCCAGCUGAUCGUGAAGGGAUGACACACAAACCAAUCAUAACAUGUGCUGGAGACUGGAACUUAUUUUGCACAUUAGAAGCACCAUUAGUGGCUGCAAUUCCUCAAGAUUCCUGUGAAUGGAGAAGGUCCUAUGGACGUGUCACAAAGUCAGUAUACUUAGAAGCAUCCUUCACAAAGUAUAAUAAAGAUAAAGUGCAAUCUGAAUUAAAUCUCUUGAAGCGUCCAAUAUUACAUAUAUUUUGGACAGAUUGUGUGGACAUUGAUUACUAUAAGACAACAUUAAGAGAUGAGGUGGAAACAUGGCUUAAACAGAUGGAAAAGAACGGUGUCACAGAUUGGAUGGUAGUAUUAGUGGAGACUUAUGACAUAAGAAAAGCCAACAAAUUGCUACCACGGACUACAGUUCUGGAUAAAAUCAAAGCAGACUUUGCAGUGAAGCAUCAAGAGGAUAGAUUUCUCUCCGUUAUAAAUCCUAUCAAAUCGGAAGCGCGCAGUGCUGAUUCAUGGAGGUCCUUGGUUGCGAAAAUACGACACUUUGUACUUGUUGCUUAUAACAAAGCACUGAUUAAGUUUGAAGAGCAUAUGAGAGAACAGAGAGAGAAACGUAAUGAUCCAGAAUGGGAUUUCUGUUCAUAUUUUAUCUUACAGGAACAACUAGCAUUUGUACUAGAAAUGCUUGGUUUAUAUGAAGAAGCUCUAGUCCAAUAUGAUGAGUUAGAUGCACUUUUUUCGCAAUUUGUACUCAAUUCAAAUGUAGCGGAAAGUCCAAAGUGGCUUGAUACAUUUAGACAACCGAUCACAUCAUGGCAGGCUGUUAGGUUAACUGCUUUGAUACCACAGCAUUUAAGAGAACUUAUAAUAAAGAAGAAAGCUUCCUUGUUGGACUUCAGAAGUUAUCUGUACCAGAGACAAAGUGCCAUGUUAUUGUUAAUGUAUAAACCAUGGGAGAUAGCAUCGCGUUGUCUGAGCACAGUGCACAACACAUUAGUGGAGUUGUCUCUGUUGGGAGCGAGUACUGUAGAUGGCGCUGCGGCGUGCUGGGCGCAGCUCGCGUGCGCGGAGACGUGGCGCGCGUGCGACCGCCUCGCCGCCUCCGCAGCAACAAACCCCUCCCCCAAUGCGCACGGGAACGCCCUCGAGUUGUGUACGGCCACGCAAGCACCGUUGUUACAUAAUGCUAAAGAUAAGUUACACGAAUUAGGCAAGCUAUGUGGUCUACUACCUGGUUCUCCAGACCCUACUUCCGAGCAACUGCACUUGGUGGUGAUGCUGUCAGCGGGUAUGGGAGACAGCGAGGCUAACAACGCUCAGCCCACGCCCACUGACAGACUGAAGGAGGCUCUAUGCAGCAAGACCAGCUUCCAGCAGUAUUACCUUGAGCUGGCUGAAUUAGCUAUGGGCACAUAUAAGCAUAUUGGAAGAUUGAGAUUCGCGAGACAAAUUGGUCGUGACCUAGCCUCGUUCUAUUCUGAGUUGGGUGAGACAGGUAAAGCCGUGCUGUUCCUCACUGACGCGCUGCGCUCCUACGAGGAGGAAGGCUGGAUGGACCUCGCGGCGCAAACGCGGCUUGAACUUGUCGCAGCCGCCAAGAAAAUGAACGAUGUAGAUAGAUAUACAAAGCUCUCUGCAAGAAUAGCAAGUACCGUUGAGUUGGAGAUUCUAGUCAGAAAUUUCUAUUUUGAAGAGAUGAUGAAAUCUAUUCGGGAAGGUCUUUCAGAGAAAUCCGAGCCCGUUCUUACUGAGCUUAAUGAUUGCUUCAAAGUCGUCUCGGCGACAAUACUGCCGUCCGAACGUGGUGUUUACAUCACUGAUAAUAAGGUCCAAUGUUGUUUGACUAUAGAAAGUUACCUACCUAAAACUGUGGUGGGUACUCGAGCCGCUAUCAGUACUGAAAUAUCCAAACAAGACAAACAGACAGAGAGACGGACGCCGGUUAAAAAUUAUAAGACUGAUUUAAGUGUUAAUGGUAGUAUAGGUACUCAGAGUUAUUCCCCAAAGAAGUCUGUAGGGGACGCUUCCGUCGAUAAUGACCCUAGUUAUCUAUUAACAAGUAUAAGACUGGACGAUUUAAAACCUAAGAAUCCUUUACUCAGCCCGCUAAACUUUACAUCGAAAUUACACUACAAGGAAGACAAAAGUUUACAGAAAACUACGGUCGAAUGUCAAAAUCCUAAGUUAACAUUAAAACGUUCAGAAAGUACUAAAUAUAGAAAACCUUCUGUUACUGUGAGAAAUAACUAUGAAAAUGCAUUCAGUGUUUGUAAUAUACAAUUAACACCAGGAAUCAACGAAUUAUGCUUAGAAUAUGUCGCUAACAAAUGUGGUACUUUCAAACUUGGUCAGAUUUCUUUAUUAGUGGAAGAGAAAUUAGAAUUUCUAUCAAAUGCAUUGAUUACAACUAAAAUGGGAUAUGAAGUGGUCACUCAGGGGAUCAGUGUAGUUUUAAAUAAAGUUGAACCAAAGAAGGAUUUAGUGGCAGGGUUGGAACAUGACAUGGAACUUGUUGUUACAAGUGGAAGUUCUCCAAUUUUAGAGGAUGCAACAAUCCACAUGAAGACGUCCACCGGUCUACUGCUGCGGUUCGGUGCGCAGCUGUCGCCGAUGUGCCGCGAGCUGGACGUGGCGAUACCUGCGUGCGAGGCGUUUGUCACCACACGCGUGCCGCUCAGACUGUUCGCCAGCCUGCAGCCGCGCCGGGAGAAGACCGUCGAGCAUACUGUUUGGUUAAGCUGUCCAUGGUGGGAAGCUGUGAUGGAAGUACCGUUACACUUCUCGCCGCCUAUGAUAGCGUCAUGGCGACUUCUCACAUCGAACACGAGGAAAUUUGUUCACGUCACUGUGAAAUCAACCGUCGCACAUCUCAUACAGUUCGAACUGAUAGAUCCGAAGCUGGAGUGCGAUAGUAAUACUACGCUCUCCGAUUUAAAUCCGAAGGAUGCUGGGAAUAUGUUGGUAGCCUCAGACGGUACAACAGCUUCGUUUAUGUGGGAAUUACUCAAAGAUCCGUUAGUAAAAGCUGGUCCGAUGAAAGCGACAUUCAGAGUGCAGUACCGGCCCAGUGAAGUGGAAGGAUCUCUCAAGACUUUCGUAUGUCCAUUCGACAUACAGGAUUACACCACGCUAUUUGUUAUACGAACUAAGUUGGAACCUGGUAAAGGAUCGGAAUUCUGUCGCGCAUCUCAAGUCUACUGCUUACAGCUUACUGUUCAAAGAGUGAAUGAAACUGAGCACACUUCACUCAUGUAUGAAGUACUAGCAGAUCAAACUAUGUGGGCUGUACUAGGUAGAACUGCAGGGGUGAUAUCUAUGGAGGCUGCAUCAGGACCGCAGCAGGUGUCGCUAGACGUGAUGCCUCUGGUUGCCGGCUACCUGCCGCUGCCCACUGUGCGCCUCUCCAAGUACAUAGCUGCCAAUACCAAAGAUCCAAAGAAAGAUAUUUCAGCACAUCCUCGCCUGGAGCCGUUCAGUCCGGGGCAGGUGUAUCACGCGGGCAAGGCCACGCAAGUUCAUGUGCUGCCUCCCGCGCCCAAGGACCACGACGCCGCCUCCUGAGGGCACGUCACCAAGGGGACAGCUUCACUCAAGUGAGGAUGAUCAACUUCACUUAAGUGAUGAAGUUCAAUUCCGUUUAAGUUAGAAACUACAGCUGACCUUAAGUGAGGAAGUUCAACUUCACUUAACUGAGCAAGCGAGUAAAAGAUUGACCUUCAAGAUUGGCUUCAUCAUUUGAAUACUGCAAUUUUUCAACCAAAUAACUACCGCAUUCAGAAUCGUAAAUAGGUCAUUGUGUGUCAUUUUUACCUACUCAAUAUUUACUAAGGGGGGGACUUAACUUCUCUGAGUGCGGCAAUAAUCAAUCAUAAAUACUGAUAGUAUAUGUCAUUCACAAUAAGUGAUAAAAUAUAUUAGAGCUUAUGUGGCCACUUUUUAAAAUUGCAAAUUUCUAUGCUGAUGUUUAAAGUUAGGUAAACUGACCUUUAGACUGCGAAAUAAUCUAGACUAUAAAUUCUAAGGUGCCGUGCUAUCUAUAAUAUUAUGGCAAGAAAACCCUAUAUUAUGAUAUAAGAUUGAAAACCAUAUUGAAUGUCUAUAUAUCAAUACUUUUCGAAUGCAGACUUGUAUUGUCUCUUUCAUACUCUUUGAAAAAAAAUGAGACAACAAUAUAUAACAAAAGUAUUUGCAGUUAAAACUCAAAUUUAGUAAUACAUGUAGUAUUUGUGUAUGUAGUGUUAUUAAUAUAAUUUUAUUUAAUAUAUCUAUACAAAAAUAUCUAAAAGAGUGUUUACUGUAUAUCGGUUUAAACAGGUUUUUUUUCUUUUCAUUAAUUCGUGAAACUUGUCUUGUAUAAGCUUUAUGUGUAAUGCAUCAUAUUUACAGUAGUUUUCAGAUAUCUUGGCAGCUUUAAAGUUCGUGUGUAUGUUGGGGCGUAGCUAGAUGCGUGGAGAGGGCACUACGCAGCGCGCUCGUGACCUUAAGCCGCUAAGAUAUUUGAAAAGAACAGUACCAUAAAUUGGCUUGUAAUUUUUUCUAUUAAGCCAUUAAAAAUAUGGACCAUCUGAUAUUGUGAUAAAAUUAAUGUGCUUCAGAAAUAUGCGUAAAAAUAUAUAUUUAACACAAUAGAUAUAUAAUUGGUCGACAAUUUGAUGUCAAAUCAGAAUUAAAUUAAAAUAUAAAAAUUUCUAAUUGUGAUAAUCUAUGAGUGUUAUUUAAAGGUUAUCAACAAAAAUGUAAAAGUUAUUUUCUUCAUAUUAUAAAUCCAUUAUAUUUAACAUUUUUUUUUAAAUUUUACUUUUACUUUGUUUGGAUCAAUGACAACUAGCAACAAAGCUAUACUGUGACGAAAAACACGAAAUCGUAAUAAAGCGGCAUAAAAAUUUAUUUGUUCAAGUUAAAAAAACACACCACAAUUUUUUUUUAUAUAACUUUUAAUACUAAUAAUACGCAAUUAAGGCAUAUAUUUUAGUUUACCCUGUUUCUUUAUGUUAGAAGAUUCCAUUUCAAUAACAAGGCCAUAUUUUUUUCUAGAACUCAAAAGUCACCUAGUCCCCAAUCUUGUCCUCCUCUGUUUUAUAUGUAAGUUGUAAAAUAUUAUACCUUUAUUAAAUUUUUGGUGCUAAAAUAUUUUACACCAAAACUCAUUUUAGUGUUACUCUAUGCUAGAGCAUUUUUUUAUUUUGUUUUGUAUAUCGGCAAUAUUCUAUUUCAAUUUUUUUUUGGUUAAUGGAUUUAAUUUCCUAAGUACAUACUUUUUAUUAUUGAUAUUAUAUAUUCGCGAUUUGAUUUAACAUCCAAAGAAUUCAAUGAUCUUAGGAUAGUAAAAAUCAAAAGUUGCAUUGAAAUUAUGUUUAAUACUGGCAAUAUCAUUUGUGUUUAUAGUUCAUUAUCAUCAAUUGAGUAUGUUAAAUCAAAAUUUGCAUAAUUUAAGCUAAAUUUCUCUUGUUUAGCCCGGGUUUCUAUUGCCCUUACUCAUUAAAAAUAACAGAUAACCUGUUUUAUUAGUGGAAACUGACGGUUAUAUUUAGCAUGGUGAGUUUUAUUUUUCAGUUAAAGAACAUUGUUUAAAAUAUUCAAUAUCAAGAAUGUUUUCAUUUUUAUAUUGAUUUUUAACAUUCUUGUUCAUAUUUUUAGGUUAUAUAUAUUAUGGUAACAUUGGACUAGAGGUUAUGUAAAGAUGUUGAUGUAAAUAGACAUGUAACUGUAUAACUGGAGAUUGUAUUUAUAUUUCAUACUAUGUAUAAAAUCUAGGCUUAUGAAUAUAAUGUUUACUGUUA